GGUCACUUCUGCCUCUUGUUUCAUUCGUGAACACACUAGCCCAACCGAUCCUUCAAGAUCAUGUCUCAACCCACACUUUUCGCAUCCCUUCAAACAUGGAGACCCGAGCCUGCAUCUCGGUGCCCGGGGAAAUCCACCAAGAUAGGGUUGCGUGGAGACCUGGGGCCGGCUCCGCAACCCGGAUGGUCUAGUGGUAUGAUUCUCGCUGCUCAUGGGCCAUGGUGGUUCCUCAUUUUCCCGAUGCCCGCUCGGGAUGGCUCGGAACCCUCUCCGCGGGUUGCGCGCCUCGUUGCUUUCGCAGUCGCCGCCGCCGCCGCCGCCGGCCUGCCGAGUGUUUCGGAGACCUCCGGUGCAAGCAUCAUUGCCUUGUCCGCGGCAAACUCAUGUAACUACCGGGAGAGGCCUAGAUUGGGAGGAGGGGGGAGGGGCUUCGAUCCAGUGCCCACAGUACGCAGUACAUUGGACCUGGACAGAGGAGCAAAAAGGUGGGCAGGUGGGGUCAAGAUGGACUCCAUCCCUCCGCCCCCAGGCUUUUACUACUCUGUCUUCUGCAGCAGUGCAGUCAGCCCGGACCCAAGCUCUGGGCCUAUGAUUCAUAUGUCUGUCAACUUAAUUUCAGAUUCAGAGGCCUAA